CAGAAGGUUAUCUUCUCCACCUUCCUCCUUAUAUCUGCUGUGCUCCCCUAAAAAUAUAUAUAUCAAAGUCUUUGAGCGAUUUUAUUUCACUUUGCUCAACAAUAAAUUAUCUAAUCAGCCGGAGCAGGACUGUCACUUGUAAACAUGUCUCAGGAGGGACAGCAAAGCCCAGCAGUUAGCGCCGAAACGAGAAUCGAUGCACUUGACUCGCAGAAGACCAGCCCUGGGAAGACGCCGAUACAAAUUCUGCAUGAAUAUGGGACUAAAAGCGGAAAUCUGCCGGUGUACGUGAUGGAAAAGGCCGAAGGGAUGGCUCACCAUCCCAGCUUCAUCUUCAGCGUUUCGAUCGGAGAGGUCAGCUGCAGAGGUCAAGGUUCCAGUAAAAAGGCUGCUAAGCACAUGGCUGCAGAGGCGGCUCUGCACAUGCUCAACAUUGAUCCUGGAAUAGUGAACGUUCCCGUGAAGUCUGACAGUAACGGCACCGCUCCAGAAACAAACAGCCACCUCAACUCAGUAGGCAUACUGCAGGAGUUAGCGUUGCAGAGAGGCUGGCGUCUCCCUGAGUACUCGGUGUUGAGGGAGGUCGGUCCACCACACCAGAGAGAGUUCACGGUCACCUGUCGCGUAGAGACGCUGUCAGAAAAGGCUGUGGCCAAUUCAAAAAAAUCUGCGAAAAAGGCGUCGGCAGAGAAAAUGCUGGCGAAGCUUCAGAGUCUGUCGGGCUGCUCUGAAAUCACGUGGGUGCGUCAGACAUCCCUCUCCAUCCAUGACCUCGGUGGACGGCCACGACAUUUCAAAAGUGUUUGUGUUUUUCAGACGCCGACACCGAGCGUGCGGUUUGAGAACAUCAGAAACUCGACGGCAGAGAAAAUCUCUCUGCUCAGAAGAAACCCGCUGAGCAUCCCCAACACAGACUACAUCCAGAUGAUGCUGGAGCUUUCCAAAGAGCAAGGGUUCGAGGUCACGUACUUUGAUAUCGACGAGCUGACGGUGAACGGACAGUACCAGUGCCUGGCCGAGCUCUCCACCUCCCCCGUCACCGUGUGCCACGGCACCGGCAUCUCCUGCAGCAACGCGCACAACGACGCCGCGCACAGCGCCCUCCAGUAUGUCAAAAUCAUGGCCGCCGGCCAAUAAGUCACCUUCCGCAUCGACUCCACGAGGUCUUCCAGUGAUCUGAGGUCAAACUAUAUUUUUGGAACCAUGCAAGUCUCCAACCAAACAGGAAGAGCUCCAGGACUCCUGGAGGGCCGUCGCCUCCCAACUGCCUUUGUAUUCGUGAUUCUAGUUCCGGGUUCCUCAAUUAGCGGACUGCGGUCCACGACCGGACCGGGGCACACCUCGCUGCGGACCCAUGGCAAAUGUAUGGAAAAAAAAAUCUUUCUUUAUACGCUCAUGUUCCGUCUGAGCACCGUUCGGCGCCGCCCCGCUCUGCGUGUAGUGUAAUCGCCGCUCUGCGGCGCGCUCCGUCGCACCGCACUGCUCGGCACCCCUCGGUAUGCCCCCCCCCCCGUUCCCACAGGGCGCUGAAGCCCGGACCCAUUGUAUAUAAAAAACAAAAUGUGGACCUUCAAGAUUUGUAUUUGAGGACCCCUGUUCCAGUUUGUCAUCAUGUCAUUUUAUUCAAUAUAUUUCAAGAAGAUGUGAGGGAAGCAGUGGCGAAUGUGACUGAGCGAAACUCCACAGAGUGCCGCUUUGCUGGAAAAGUUUCUUUAUUUCUGAAUGAUUUCAGUUCCCCUGAUGUAAAUACUUUUUUUUUUCUUUUUUUUAUUCAGUGUGGUUUCUUUCUGACAGUGUGUGAGAGAAAAGGAAUGUUUUCGUCUGUUGUUACGAUGGCUUGCUUUGCAGUAUGCUUUAAAUACCCACCCUCCUCUUUCCCUGCUUCCACUCCGUCUGUCAGUGUGCAAUCUGCUACGUAUCCAGCCGACGCUGACGAGAUAAAAUCUCACCUUGCUCUGCUACUAUAUUUUCGUCCGUAUGUCAAUACUAUUAAUGCAGUCACACUCUUGUGCUGUUUAAACUCUGGUGGAGAACAUCAGUGUGUGUAUGACCGCAGAGAAUAAAGCCUCGGUGUGAGCGCUCCGGAGUGUUCUCUGUUACCGGUCACACAGUCUGACAGAACGAGGAGACCGACCGCUGCUUCCCCUUCAGGAGAGGAAACCGAGACGCCUCUCAUGAGGGCUGACCAUUCAAGAUGCAGCAGUCAUCACACAGAGCCCUGUGUGUGUGUGUGUGUGUGUGUGUGUGUGUGUGUGUGUGUGUGUGUGUGUGUGUG